AAGAAAUUGACUGAAAUGACCACAGCUAAAGUUGAGAACAAAUCAGCUAACGUAAUCACAACUGAUGUUGAGGAGAAAUCAACUGAGGGGAUCGCAGCUGAUGUUGUUGCAGAAACGUCUGAAAAUCUGGACGUGCAUUUGGCAGAAACAAGCAACCAUUGCAACAUAGAUGGGAAGGACGUUCUGAAGAAUUCGUCCUCCACUGCUGCAGAUCAUCUUACCGAAGAGAAACAAAAAUGUGAAAACACUCGUAAUGAAGAAACACCAAUGUCUCAUGAGAAAGAUGAACCACCAGACUAUUCAUGGGAUCAAUGUAUUCGUCCUCUAUUCUCUCGUUUGGUGCAAGUUCUACCAGUCGAACCCAUUCUUGAUAAACUGCUGAGUACGGACCAAGUGAGAUUGGAAGAAUUUGAUAAAAUGAAGCAAAUGAAUGGGGACGUCGAAAGAGCUCGGUAUCUAUUGAGUGAAAUCUUACCUUAUUAUUGCAACAAGGAGUUUCACAAGUUUUGCGAUACUUUGUCAGAAGCUGGCGGAUAUGAUCAAAUAUUACAUCUUAUACAACCGGACAGACAUCCAGAUCUACAGAACAGAGAUCCCAGAGAAAUUAUUGCGGAGUUAUUAAAGGCGGCAAGGUCUCGUCGGCUUCCCUCACAAGAAAAAUCUUUGUUGGACAAGGAAAAGCCUAGGCAGAAAGCAGGACAUUUUUCUGUGGAAGUAGAAAUGAGAAAUUUCCCUCAUUUUUGUGGUCGAGACAAAAUUGUCACUGACAUGUCCCAAUUCUUUUGGAGUAAAGAUCAUGAAAAUGCAGAAUUGAUAAACAUCAGGGAUUUUCGAUUGAUGUGCAUUUGUGCUCAAGGUGGGGCUGGUAAAUCAUGCUUAGCAGCCUACUAUGCAAGGCUUUACAGAAAGACGUACGAUGGAGGAGCGUUCUUUAUCAGCUCGAGAACGAAUGCAUCCAUACGACAAUUGAUUUACAAAUUUAUCUGUCUUUUAAGUUCGGAGAAAGACGAAGUCGCAAGUAAAUCAUUGGAAGAAAUGAAGGCGCGCUUCCUAGAUCUCCUUAUUUUACGUGACGGCAAUGUUUUGUUGAUCUACGACAGCAGUGAUGAUUUGAACGUCGUUCAACACGUAGUUCCCUCGUGCAGCAUAAAAAUUCACGUUAUCAUUACGACGAGAUGCAGAGAUCACGCGUUGAUGCAAGAAGGCAAGGUGAUUCAACUACCGGAGUUGGAUGAAGACGCCGCCGUCGACUGUUUUCGCCGUUGGGCUGGAAAAUACAACGAAGACGGCAGUAUGUCAGAAUUUGAUUUGGAUGAGAUCAGAAGUAUAGUGAACGAUGGACAAGUAAAGCUAUUGCCUCUGGCCAUUCGACGUGUUGCAACAUUGAUGAAGAAGACAGGGGUUACUUUUAGAAAGAUAAAGGAAACGCUGUCAUUGAAGAAAGAAAUGGUGCUGUAUCUAGAGGAUAAUUUCAAUGACAUAUUACAUGGCAAUGGUCUGCUGCAUCUGAAGAAGGAACUGACGAGUUUGGGUGUUUCUCGAAUCGAUCAAAUUUUAACUGCCGAAAUCUCCUCAUUGAUCAAAUCGUGUAACUUUUGUAGGAGUGAUGAAGAGAAGCUGAGGAAAAUGCAAGACAGAUUAAGGGUCGACGAGGAAGCGCCAAUGCAUUGGGAUCUCGAUCUAGCAGAAGUCGCAAGCAGGUCUCAAGUUGCAGACAAAAUUCUUCGUUUUGCUUCUUUGAUGGACACGAGCGCUGUUCCCACUGAUGUUAUUCGUGCAGCUGUAUUGUGCGAUGGAGAGUCAAGGUUUGGAGAAAAUGAGUUUGAAAGCUCUUUGUAUUUGUUGUCACACGAGUUUUCUCUGCUCACAUUCAAUGACGAGGAACAGACGUGUGACAUUCAUGCGCUCGUUCAGCGGUCUGUUAUAGGCCACACGAAGAGAAGAAACAAACUACUGUCUUCUCUCCUUUGUUUGACAAAAUGUAUUCAAGACACGUUACCAGAGUCCGAUGGAUCCAUACAACGCAACCUCAACAACAGCAAGUUGAUUGCGUUGACUCCACACGUUUACAGAGUUUGCGAUCACAUCUUGAAGUUGAAAUGUAUAAAGCAAGAAUGUCUAAAGCUUUUGAAGUUUUCCUGUUGGUUGGCAACAUAUCUCUACGACAUUACAACAGCCAAGCAUUUAGCAGAAAACUUGUUGCAAAUUCGUCGUCAAAUCGGGACUCGCACUAAAGACGAAGUUCUUGAAUUGAGCGAAAGUCUGAUUUCUGUUGGUGAUGCUUACGAUCUAAUGAGUAGACCUGACUCAUCGAAGCCAUACUUUGAAGAAGCCGUACAAGUAUUGCAAGCAUUUGGCUUCGACAAUUCUGAUGAAACGUCAUAUGGUGUGGCUCUAAGCCGCUUAGGGUGUUGCUACAUGGAAAUGAAGAACUUGGAAGAUGCAGAGAGGCUUUUGAGGAAAGAGAUUGAAUGGACACGAGAAUAUGCCGGUGGAGCAGCUCGUACACAUAUUGCUUGUGCGCUACAUAACCUUGCUCACGCAUAUCAAGAAGGGGGGAAAUACGACGAGGCGAUAAAGGCAUACGAGGAGUCGCUCGUGUUCAGAAGCCAAUUGAAUAACUGCAAUCCAGUGGAGAUGUCUACGACUCACAUGAAUCUUGGUAUCUGCUACAUAGACAGCGGGAAACUUAAGAAAAGUGUGAGUUUAAUGGAGGAGGCAGUCACAAUCAGACGAUCUUGCUACUCAUCUCUUCAUCCCGAAUUGGCACUUGCUAUACUUCAUCUUUCCUCUACGUACGAUUUACUUGACAGAAACGAUGAAGCUAUGAAAUUGGCAAGAGAAGCGUUUGAUAUUGCAAGUGUAUCGUUACCGUCAUCACAUUAACCCGAUUACUCACAGAAGCUAUUUGACGAUGUCUGCUACUCAAUCUAUUCGUAUCAUCUGCAGCUGUCCCGUUAGGUUUUCAACUUCAUGUCCGUACUCUGCUCGUUCAACCGAGUGGAGCAUUAUUUGUGAAAGCUAAAUUUCUA